AUGGACGCGGAUGAAUCAAACAUAUUUGAGGAUGAAGUCAUUGCAGACAGUGAAGAAGAGACGGAGCAAAACGAAUUAAGAAAUCAAGAAUAUGGGACUUUUCAAAAAGCUUCGUCAAUAUCAGCAUUUACAACGGCAGGGUACCCCCAGCGCGGAACUUUUUCUGCCAUCUCCGCAUUUUCAGGCGAUGCAUCUGUACUGGCCCCAAACGACCCUUCUACGAUUGAACCCGGCACUUCGUCGAGAGCAGGGGACAAGGAAUCAAACACCUCUAUAAUAUCGAAUGCAGACUCUUUUCUUGAUGGAUUGUCUGCCACGAUCAACAUAGCUGAUAGAGCCAAGAUGCGGCAGCGUUCCCAGAAACAGGCCGUCUCUGAUGUCAUAGAGCUCACUUCAGACGAGGACGACGAGUUGAUAUGGAAGCCUUCGACAUCCAAGGAGAAGAAAGCAAAAUCCAGCACGAAAUCGAAAAGCAAGAAGAAAGAGGUAGUACCUCAGAAAGCAGGUACAUCUACCGACACAGAUGCUGUAUCUGCUCCGAAGACGAAGCCGCGCCCUCGACCGCGUCCGAUACCGAAACAGCCAAGGUACGGGGAAGCGGAUACGUCGUCGUCAUUUGUGCCAGAUAUUCCUAUUGCAACUCCUUCGAUGCACACUGCUCAACUUAUAUCUUCACUACCUCCAUCCGACCCCCCACAACACACCGAACCCGAACCACAAUAUCCUGGUAUCACCACCCUCCAGCCAUCCUCUCCAAACUCACUCUUCAACGAAGGUGUGUCGAUCAGAAACACGGACAUGGAAGUAGAUGAGCUCGCGUCGGACGUACCCUACCGCAACAAUGCAAACUAUUUCGAUGAUGACUACAUCUCGCCGAGGAAGAUGCCGCCUCCCCCGACCUUUUUUGCGGGAUCGUCUUCGUCUUCCAUGGGUGGUGGAAAAGGUGAUGAGCCUAUAACUUUCCUUGUGCCUCAACAGGAUAUCGUGGAUUUGACAAUGCUACCUCCUACGAUCGCCCCUGCUGUUCAGAAGAAAGAGCCCAAACCGAAGAAACCUAAGAAGAAGAAAGAGGCCGAGCACGAUUAUGACUAUGAUUUUGUAUCUGCGCCCCUGCCUAUUCUCGAUGAAGAUGAUCAGGACGAAGACUUUGAUCCCACUGGCGAUGGGAAUGCCAAAAAGAAGAAGAAAGGGAAAGGGAAGGAGAAAGGGAAGGAAAAGGAGAAACCUGCCAAGAAGAGUAAAGCGAAAUCAAAGGCUUCGGAUGACUCUACGUCCCCGGGCUCAGGAGGCGCGCAAGUUGAAGUGGUCAUUACCUCGAAACCUCCCAAGUCGAAGGGCAAGGGCAAAGCAGCUAUAAACGAAGAGGACAAAGAAAUGAGGACGGAGCCUCCCCUGGAUGGAGGAAACAAAGAAUCUUUCAAAAGCCGGGAAUUUAUUGAGGACUCUGAUGAAGAUGAUCCUAUUCGGCUGGUUGGAUCUGUGCCCAAUCCGCCUUCUCCUCUUGUACCCAUCACUCCCGCGGGUCCCUCUAGGACGAUAGUCAAAGACACUAAAUCCCCCACAUCUUUAAAAAUCCGUUUACCUGGGACUUCUUCGUCGCGGACGCCUGCUCAGGAUCUUGAUUCAGAUACUGAAAUGAAGGAAGCUAUACCAUCGAAAAGCAAGGGCAAUAAGAAACGAAAGACAGUCGUCGAUUCCGAUGAGGAAGAGGAUUUCUAUGUGGAAGAGAAAGAGACUCCGGCGAAAGAGGCGACGUCGGCCUCCAAGAAGCGAAAAGUAGAUGGAUCAGAGAGGAAAGAGAAGUCCAAGUCCAAGUCGAAGAACAAAGGAAAGGGAAAGCAAGUUGUUCUCUCAGAUGAAGAGAAAGAUAUGAUGCUUGCAGAGGAGCUGGAAAAGCCGAUAGAGCAAAAGAAAUCAAAGGAGGGAAGCCCUGGAAAGGAUACAGUGGAUGAUGAAGAAGCAAACCCAUUCCAAGAUAACCACUCAAACGAUUCACCCCCUCUGAAAUCCACUCCUGAAGAAGUUGUUAAAGGAGGCAAGGAAAAUACCGCGCCCUCUACAUCUAGACCCCAACCACAAUCUGCGUUCGUCACACCGAGACCAUCCAGACCUAUACCCGUGAACCGCGACGGUACUACACCUCUAUAUGCACGAUAUGAAAUAGCACCGCGCCGGAGCAGCCUCCCCAUGUCCGAGCUCAUUCGGCGAGCGAACUCGAUGCCCGGCUCGCCCUUCCCGACGCCGCACCCGACCUCGGCGUCCGCGUCCAAACUGAAGCCGCUCAUCGCGCGCACGCCGACCUCCACCGCGUACUCGCCGUACCUCAAGUCCUCCCGCAGCCUAUUGUCCAAGAUCGCGCCACUGCACCCGAACAGGCGUACCCCGCCCCCGCCCCCACCCCCGCCGCCCCCGAGGAAGAAGAGCAAGAAGGAGAUUGAGAUGGAGGAGAAGUGGGAGGAGGAAAUGAUUGAGGAGCUGGGUGGUAUGGAGGAGUGGGCGGCGCUGACGGAUGCGGAGAGGAGAGAAAUGCGUAAAGUGAAGUGGGCGAGGGAGCAGGGUGGGUGGGAUGAGUGA